UAAUAUCAGUUUGACUUUCUGAAAUGACCAACAAAAUACAGUAUAUAGAACUUUUUCAUGAUAUUCUAAUUAUUUGUGAUGGACGAGUAGUUUCUAAACUUGUCCAACUUUUAGAUUUAACGAAAACAAGGGGAAAAAAAGUAAAAAAAACACCUGACAUCACCACCAAAAAAGGUCAUUUAAAGGUCUCGUAUUACGCAAAAGUGACUCUUGUUCGAGCUUUGAGUCGUGUUCUCAUGCUGUUCCCUCCUCAGAAACAGACCUGGAGUUGUGUUUGGUUUCAUUCACACAUGUUUGAGUCAUCCUUUAUUGUUCGCUUGUCUUAUUAGUCUAAUCUCCAAAGCUCAGAAUAGAAAACAGAAUAAUAUAGGGCCUGUCCGUGUCCUUCUGUCGACCUGUAGAAACUGCCGCUACCUGAAUCCCCGCGUUCGUCUUUACACAGCCGGACCUGAAAUGAUGAAGUUGCUCUUGUCACUUCCUGAAAAAAGAAACGUUCAGAGUUGCCGGUCAGUGUGUGUGUGUUUUGUGACAGACGCAGUGACAUAACAGGACCAGGAGGGGGCGGGACCUCAGACACAAAACAGAGACACACACAACCAGAAGCUCUCAGGAGUCGGCUGCAGUCAUGAAGAGAGGACCUGACUCGUGAAGAGAGGACCUGACUCGUGAGGACCGGAGCACAACACGGAGUAAAGGAAACAGAAGCGACAGAAGAGAGAGAAGAGAGAGAAGAGAGAGAAGAGCGACAGGAGAGCGACAGGAGAGCGACAGAAGAGGUUGUCGGGAGGAAAACCACAUCCAUGAGGACAUCGGGCAUGGCUGUUUUUAAACAACAGAAUGUGGAGGAUUUCUAUGAGCUGGGAGAGGCCCUCGGGAGUGGUCAGUUUGCCUUGGUGAAGCGCUGUCGGGAGAAGAGCACGGGGCUGGAGUUCGCCGCCAAAGUCAUAAAGAAAUGUCUGAGCCGAGUGAGCCGCAGAGGAGUGAAGAAGGAGGAGAUCGAGAGAGAAGUGUCCAUCCUCCAGGAGCUCCAGCAUCCAAACAUCAUCUCCGUGCACGAGGUCUACGAGAGCCGGACCGAGGUCGUGCUCAUACUCGAACUUGUUUCUGGGGGAGAGCUGUUUGACUUCUUGGCGCAGAAAGAGUCUCUGAGCGAAGAGGAGGCCACGCAGUUCAUCAAACAGAUCCUGGAGGGCGUCCGCUACCUGCACUCCAAGAACAUCGCUCACUUCGACUUAAAGCCUGAGAACAUCAUGCUGUUGGACCGGAACAUUUCUCUACCUCGGAUUAAAAUCAUCGACUUUGGUCUGGCGCACAGAAUCACACCAGGGGCCGAGUUUAAAAACAUCUUUGGGACACCGGAGUUUGUGGCUCCAGAGAUCGUGAACUACGAGCAGCUGGGCCUGGCAGCCGACAUGUGGAGCAUCGGAGUCAUCACAUACAUCCUUUUGAGCGGAGCGUCGCCGUUUCUCGGGGAGAGCAAACAGGAAACACUGGGGAACAUCUCAGCCGUUAAUUAUGACUUUGACGAAGAACUGUUCAGUAACACGAGCGAACUGGCCAAGAGCUUCAUCCGCCAGCUGCUGGAGAAGGACCAGAGAAAACGGAUGACAAUAGGAGAAACCCUGAACCACCCCUGGAUAAAGUCCCACCCGGUCCACCGCCCCACGCCUGAGAAGAUCAAGCUCGACCAACCCACGGAAGACCUCCAGCUCACCCACCCCAUCCCUGACUCCGCCCCUGACUCCGCCCGUGACCGCACCGACGCUCCAGACCUGGCCCGAUUCUCGCAGCUGGUGGAGGAGCUGAGCGCGAUCGGGUCCGGGUUGGCGGAGGUCGAAGAGGUCCACGAUGUUCUGCACAGAGACCUCCAGGCUCUGCUCCGCGCCUGCAGCGACGGAGAGCGGCGAGCGACCGGCGGGGGGCAGGUUUCGGAGGCGUGGUCUGUGUUUGCCGGGGUGGAGGAGAAACGGAGGAAGGUCCGGGAGCGUGUGAGAGACGUGGGUGUGGUUCUGGAGCAGAUCGAGAUGAGCUUCAAGCAGAGACAGAGGAGAAUGGACACGCUGAGGUUGGACUCCAAGCUCCUCCUCUCCUCCCUGUUGGCUGGAGAAGAUUACGAGAUCACAAAAGCCAAAGAGGAAUAAAACGGCAUCUUAAUGUUUUUAAAUCAGACCUAUUCUGCAAAAGUUUUUAUAGUUGUUUCCUUCUCUCAUUGGAUGUUUUUUUAAUUCUGAAUUAAUUGUUCUGAAUUAAAUACUUCAGAAUCUAAAUAUUUAUUCUGAAGAUGCCGUUUAGCUGAUCAACCCCCGUUUUCAGAUCCACCGUUACACGUAAACUGUGACGACGUCCGCACUUCCUCGUCCAGUUUGAUGUUCUUCAUGGGUGAUACUCGUAGGAUUGGGCAGCGUUUUGUCGUUGGUUUGGUCCAAAUGUAAAAAGAAAACAAAAAAAAAAAAACGCUCCGCUCUAGUGUGAUGGGCAGCGAUCCACAGGAGAGGCCCACAUCCUGGUUUAGACCUGGUUUAGUCCUAAUUUAGUCCUGGUUUGGUCCUGGUUUACUCCUGAUUUAGUCCUGAUUUAGUUCUGUCCAUAGGAGGGACCCACAUCGUGGUUUAGUCCUGGUUUAGUCCUGGUUUGGUCCUGGUUCAGUCCUGGUUUAGUGCUGCUUUAGUCCUGGUUUAGUCCUUUUUUAGUCCUGGUUUA